UUCCUUUUCCAAACAUGGCUGAAAAUAGUUCCAAGGUUGAUCCCGCAGGGGAUCUCAGUGCGUACAUCCCCUCCUGGACCACUACACCUUUAUCUCACAUUGACCAAAUAAAUAAGAACUCAAAUAUAUUUAGAGGUGCUUUCAAGGAAAAUUCAUUUAAUCCUCCAACUCAAGGCUCACUGCUCAAUCCUGAUUCUACAGAUGAUGCUGUUUUGGCAGAAGUCCCUGAAGACAGCACCCAGCUGUUUGCUACUGCAAAAGAGGAGACUGUGUGGUCCGCGGAUGUAUCCUUUAACAUCACAGAGAGGAUGGUGACUCUGCCUGUAUUAAGUCCUACCCGUCCAUCUGUGUCAAAAAAAAUGAAUCAGAAAAAAAGUGCCUGCAUAAAUAUCACCAACAGCCAGUGCCAAAUGCUGCCAUAUAACUACACCACUCUAACUUCAGUUAUUUCCAUUGUCAAAAGCAUUGAAAUGGAAAAGUUCCUGAAGUUCUUCAGUUAUCUCAACCGUCUCAGCUGCUAUCAACACAUCAUGCUGUUUGGCUGUAGUCUUGCUCUUCCUGAAUGCAUCAGUGACGGUGAUGACAGUCGAGGUCUCCUGCCCUGCAGGACAUUUUGUGAGGCAGCAAAAGAAGGGUGUGAACCAGUCCUGGGGAUGGUAAAUGCUUCUUGGCCAGAAUUCCUCAAGUGCUCUCAAUUUCAAAACAAAACUGAAAAUGACACCACCACAAGGGUAUGCUUCUCACCACACCAAGAAAAAGGAAAGCAAUCACUGUGUGGAGGAGAGGAGAGUUUCUUGUGUGCUAGUGGGAUCUGCAUCCCAGGGAAACUGCAAUGUAAUGGCUACAAUGACUGUGAUGACUGGAGUGAUGAGGUCCAUUGCAAUUGCAGUGACGAUGUAUUUCGUUGUAACACGGGAAAAUGCCUCAAUUAUACCUUUGUUUGUGAUGGAUAUGAUGACUGCGGAGACCUUAGUGAUGAACAAAACUGUGAUUGUAACCCAGUGAUGCAUCAUCAGUGUGGAGAUGGAAGAUGUAUAACAGCUGAUUGGGUAUGUGAUGGUGACCAUGACUGUAUAGACAAGUCAGAUGAAAUCAACUGCUCAUGUCAUAGUCAGGGUCUAGUGGAGUGCAAAAAUGGGCAGUGCAUUCCCAGUGCGUUCCAGUGUGAUGGAGAUAAUGACUGUAAAGAUGGAAGUGAUGAAGAAAACUGCAAUGAAAGUCAAACCCUCUGUCAGGAGGGAGACCAGAGAUGUACUUCCUGUCCUGAUCCCUGUGGAUCUUCUCUUUGUGAGAUGAGAGACAGCCAGACAAACUGCAGUCAGUGUGAACCAAUUACUCUGGAACUCUGUAUGAACUUGCCUUACAACUAUACUAAUUAUCCAAACUAUCUGGGCCACAGGACUCAGAAGGAAGCCUCUAUCAGCUGGGAAUCUUCUCUUUUCCCAGCCUUGGUUCAGACCAACUGCUAUAAGUACCUUAUGUUUUUCGCCUGUACAAUCUUAGUACCAAAAUGUGACCCCCACACAAGUCAGCGGAUCCCACCUUGCAGGACUUUAUGUGAGCAGUCGAAGGAACGCUGUGAGUCUGUACUUGGCAUUGUAGGUCUGCAGUGGCCAGAAGACACUGACUGCACUCAAUUUCCAGACGAGAACUCAGACAACCAAACUUGUCUAACACCAGAUGAAGAUGUAGAAGAGUGCUCACCCAGUCACUUCAAGUGCCGAUCUGGGAGGUGUGUCCUGGCAUCCAGAAGAUGUGAUGGUCAAGCUGACUGUGAGGAUGAUAGUGAUGAGGAAAGCUGUGGCUGUAGAGAAAGAGGUCUUUGGGAGUGUCCUUUGAAGAAGCUGUGCAUCAAGCACACUAUGAUCUGUGAUGGUUUCCCAGACUGCCCUGACAAGAUGGAUGAAAAGAACUGCUCCUUUUGUGAGGAGGAUGAACUUGAAUGUGCCAACCAUGAAUGUGUGCCACGUGAGCUCUGGUGUGAUGGACAAGUAGAUUGCAGUGACAGCUCAGAUGAAUGGAACUGUGUUACCCUGUCUAAAAACAUGAAUUCCUUGAUGUUCCUGACAAUUCACAGGUCAGCUACUGAUUACCAUGUUUGUGCUGAUGAGUGGCAAGAAAAUUUGAGCCAACUGGCCUGCAAUCAGAUGGGUUUAGGAGGACCAUCAAAAACAACAAUUGUACAAGAAAAUGAGGAAUUGCAGCAUCACAAAUGGCUGAAUCUGCACUCAGAUUGGAAGAAUAAAAAUGCAUCCACUUUACAUGCACUUCUAGUGAAUGGGCAGAUGUGUCGAAGCAGCAGCAAAGUGUCUCUUCUUUGUACUAAAGAAGAUUGUGGCCGUCGCCCAGCCGCUCGCAUGAACAAGAGGAUCCUUGGUGGCAGGACCAGUCGCCCAGGCCGAUGGCCAUGGCAGUGCUCUCUGCAGAGUGAGCCAAGUGGACACAUAUGUGGCUGUGUUUUGAUUGCAACAAGAUGGGUCUUGACAGUAGCACAUUGCUUUGAAGGGAGAGAAAAUGUAGCUGUUUGGAAAGUAGUGUUUGGUAUAAGCAAUCUGGAUCAUCCAUCAAGCUUCAUGCAGACUCGACUAGUGAAGACCAUUAUCCUGCAUCCACGCUACAACAGAGCAGUAGUAGACUAUGAUAUCAGCAUUGUAGAACUACAUGAAGAUAUCAAUGAGACAAGUUAUGUGCGACCUGUCUGUUUACCCAACAAAGACCAGUUGGUUCAGCCAGAUACCUACUGCUACAUCACAGGCUGGGGACACAUGGGCAACAAAAUGCCUUUUAAGCUUCAAGAAGGAGAAGUUCGCAUCAUUUCCUUAGAACAAUGCCAGUCAUACUUUGACAUGAAAACCAUCACCAGCAGGAUGUUAUGUGCUGGCUAUGAGUCUGGCACUGUGGACUCUUGCAUGGGUGACAGUGGAGGACCACUUGUGUGUGAGCAACCUGCAGGGCGCUGGACUUUGUUUGGUUUAACAUCUUGGGGCUCUGUCUGCUUUUCCAAGGUUUUGGGACCUGGAGUUUACAGCAAUGUGUCACAUUUUAUUGAGUGGAUUGAAAGACAAAUAUACAUCCACACCUUUCUGCUAAACUAGCUCCAGAUGUUAAGAACUGUGUUGACAGACAAAAGGAAAAAGGAAUCGACGUUUCAACCCUGAAGAUUUUGCAGUCCAGAAACUCUAGGAGAAGGAGUUUCAAGCUGUUAUCUGUUCUUGCUGUGGAGCUAUGGAAUACGCAGUGUAUGUUAAUGGUAAACCCUCCUGCUGGCGAAUAUAGAUUGGGGUAGAACUAAUAGUCCUUUUUGACUUUUCUUUUAGCUGUGUUGUGUUGCUAUUCCAAACACAACAAAAGGUUUAAAAGAAACACAUCAGACACUUUCUGCCUUUCAGUUAUUCAAACUAAGCAGUAGCACAGGCUAGUAAAACUAUAAAACAACCUAUUUUAAUACUAUUAAGUCAGUAGCACAUGCAAUUUCACGCAGCAGUUGUCAUGAGGAAUGAACUCCGUGCAUUCAGAGGACAGUGACGGGCUGUAUAGUCACAAGGGCAAUGCCAGGCAUGGCGGCACAAGCACUGGAGGGUGCUGGAGAUGGCUGAGCUCGUGCACACAUGUGGCACAGGGCGCACAGGAAUACAGGCGCAGGUCUCGCAAGGUGCCAGCCACAUGCUGCUGGUGUGCCCGAGCUAACGUAUUCUUUUUCAGGGUGGCUAAUUAGCAUGGGUCUAACCAUGUACUGCCCUGACUCCACUGCUCCUGUUCAUAGAGCCAGCAGGGUGCUGGGUGGCAGGGCAGCGUAACUUGAGGCACCCGAGUUCAACAUUUAGUUGUUCAGCGUUUUUGAUGGUUUCUACCUGUCAAGUGUGAGACUUCUGUGUUGCAGUGUGCCUGAAAAUGCCCAUGUCUUGACAACAGUACACAGAUCAGCACAUUUAUCAAAUCUGUGCCCUGUUGGCAUUUUUUUUUAAACCUUAUUUUGCAUUGACAAUCGCUAAACCUCUAACAGUGAGCCAGUUUGAGCAGCUGGUGAGCUAUGGAAAAUGUAAUUUUCUUUUUUUUCUUUUUAAACACAAAAAGAAAGUGUUCUGAGCGAACACUUGAACUCAGAUGUCUCAGAGCAGUACUUUAAAUACUGGGAAGCUAAGUGUUUUGGCUAGGUCUUUUCUAGUAUCUUGCACUAGAAGUUUCAUUUUGCUUGGCAAGAUUAAACAAUCAAUCAUUGGAGAGAAAAAGAAAAAGCUGAAUAAGACUUGGAGUUACUACGUCCUACUCAAAAUUAAUAUUAUAAAUAUGUGAAAUAAAAUACAAUAGCUUCAUCAGCAACGACUUAGACCCGUGAUCAAAUGUUUGCUAGCCUGAUGGACAAGGCAGAGUGCUUUGUGCAGUGGAUAAAAAGCUAAGCCUUGACUCCAAGAGAGGCUACAGAUGAUUAAAAAAAAAAAAAAAAUCCCAGUAGAGCCUGGCAGAGAGGAGGUGUUUCUUACCAACUACUGUAGAUGACUUCUGCACACCUCCUUGCUUUUGAAAACCUGGGUCAGGAAGCUGAGGAUUAUAACAUGAAUUUCACUGGGGAGCAGAACAGCUAUAACUAACUAACUUGGGUGUUUUCAGUGCUUUGCCUAGUAAGCUGUGAAUCCAGCCUGAGGCAUACAAUAAAAUGACCCUCUCUGCUACCUCUGGCAUGCCCCCAUGACAACGUGGCAGGACCUUGUCAAUACCAGGACUGCCAUAUGUAGAAACAUGCAUUAAGACAGCCAAGGACAUUUCAGGUACUAUUAAUCACAUUACAGUUAAUUUACAUUGUUCUGACUUGCAGUGUUUAGUCUGACUUUUAGACUUUAGUGAAAGGUUUACCUCUUAAGUUCCGUAUCUCCUCCUUUAACACACCUGAUGUUAGACAUAUUAGACCGUGCUCUACAGAGCAUUAGUAAUAAAUAUUCAAUAUUUAUGUUAUGGGUUCUGAAACUCUAUUUAUGUGACUAUUGUAUCACUGUUUCAUACUCACAAAGAAAACCUAAUGCUUUGCUAGUGCUUUUUUUUUUUUUUUUUUUUUGGUACUAGGGAAUUUGUUUUCUCUGUAACAUACAUCUGUUCUUCUUCCCCCAGCUACAACUGAGAGAAUGCAGCUGUGACCAUGUUUUUGCAGUGAGGGUUACUGAUACCCUUGCCUUAAUGUAUGGAACUUGCAGUGUUCAGUCCCCCCUUUAGCUUUUCUCUGGGGCCUGUGGCCAAGAGCCACCUGAGAACAUGGCCUGGGGAGUGCCAGAGCCAGCCUGCCCCACAGUCCGCUGCAACGCUGACAGGCGAGGAUUUCAGCAAGGUCCAUUUUCCAGAGAUCAAGACAAAAAGGUGGUGUUGUGAAAUGAACAGCCCAGCCUGAUAUCGCUCCACCAAGUGAAGUUGUUUGUUAGAAGCUUUGAAAACAGUAAAGCACUGAAGAACAUAUAAUCAUUUCAUGUAGCUAUAGGCACUAUCACAUGAUCAGAUGUAAAGUAAUUCCUCAUUUUAAUAAAUUGGGUUUGGCCUGCCACCAGUUUCCAAGCAGUCUCUCCAAAGAAACAAGGGAGGGGAGUCCUGCUCAAAACUAUCGUCCAAUCCCUGUCUAAGACCAGUUUGAAGGAAUUAUAGACUGAGCCCCAUCCCAAAUGGCUUUAGCAGAGAGCAGUAGGGUUUUUCUCCUUCCCUGCAAUUUUGUGUGCGACAACAUUCCAUGUAAAGAGGAAACUUGUAAUUUUAUAAGAGUAUUUUUAUACUGCUUUUUUUCUAUAUGUGCACAUAAAAUAAGCAAACAUACUCAUCCUUCUAGUGUAUCAAGCCCCUCCCUGUGUGCUGCCAUAAUGGUUAUAAUGAAGAUUACAGUUUCUUUUUCAAGUGUGCCAUAGCUGUAGCUCCAAGUGGAGCUA